GCUCAGCGACUGGCCCAGAGACCUAGAGUGCUGGGCGCACCGAGCAAGAGCGGCAGCUGCAGGGGACAGUCGGCACAGCGGCGGCUGGGACCUCGUGACAGGUGGGAGUGUGCGGUGCGGCCAAGAACUCCGCGCGCAACCUCUAGGGCGCACGGCUUAAGGACCCGCUUCGGGGCGCGCAGGUCCCAUGGACACCGUGGAGAAGCAGCACCUGUUGGAAUGCAGGCGCGGAAUCCAGAAAUACAUAGGAUCUCUGUGGCGGGAGGGGAGUGGAUGGAUCUCCCUCCCCGAGCCUGGCCUGAACUUUCAGACUGUCGAGCCUGGCCUGAACUUUCAGACUGUCGAUCUGGUCGCUGGGAGCAACCAUUACUGCCAUGCUCAGAAGGGUCCUGACAGUCACUGUGACCCCAAGAAGGAGAAGGCCCGGUGCCAGCUCUACGUGGCCUCUGCCAUCUGCCUGGUGUUCAUGAUUGGAGAAGUCAUUGGGGGAUACCUGGCGCACAGCCUGGCCAUCAUGACAGAUGCAGCCCACCUGCUCACUGACUUUGCCAGCAUGCUCAUCAGCCUCUUUUCUCUAUGGAUGUCCUCCCGACCAGCCACCAAGACCAUGAACUUCGGCUGGCAGCGAGCUGAGAUCCUGGGAGCCCUGGUCUCUGUGCUGUCCAUCUGGGUCGUGACUGGGGUGCUGGUGUACCUGGCUGUGGAGCGACUCAUCUCUGGGAACUAUGAGAUCGAAGGGGGGACCAUGCUGAUCACGUCGGGCUGUGCUGUGGCUGUGAAUAUCAUAAUGGGGUUGACCCUUCACCAGUCUGGCCACGGGCACAGUCAUAGCCAUGGACACAGCCAUGAAGACACCAGCCAGCAGCAAGAGAACCCCAGUGUCCGAGCUGCCUUCAUCCAUGUGAUUGGGGACUUUUUGCAGAGCUUGGGCGUCCUGGUUGCAGCUUUUAUUCUAUAUUUCAAGCCAGAGUACAAGUAUGUGGACCCCAUCUGUACCUUCCUCUUCUCCCUCCUGGUCCUGGGAACGACCUUGACCAUCCUGAGAGAUGUGAUCCUGGUGCUGAUGGAAGGGACUCCCAAGGGUGUGGACUUCACGGCGGUACGUGACCUGCUCCUAUCGGUGGARGGGGUGGAAGCCCUGCACAGCCUGCAUAUCUGGGCACUGACCGUGACCCAGCCCGUGCUGUCUGUUCACAUUGCCAUUGCUCAGAACGCAGACGCCCAGGCGGUUCUGAAGGCGGCCAGCACCUGUCUCCAGGGGAAAUUCAACUUCCACACCAUGACCAUUCAGAUCGAGGACUACUCUGAGGACAUGAAGGACUGUCAGGCGUGCCAAGGCCCCUCGGAUUGACUGCCCAGCCAGGCACCAGCUGAAGCAUGGCCAGGACUUGCAGGUGGCUGGACCCAAUGUCCCACAGCCUCCACCAGGACUCUGCCUACCCACUGUGUUAGGAACCAGAUUUAUAAUGCCUCUUUCUGCUCCGGGUUCAGCAUGGAGCCCUGCCUACCGCAGCGGUGGGCCUCUUCCUGGCCUCCCCUGUUUACAACAGCCAGCGCUGUUGGGUGGGGACUCAGCCGAUUUAAAGCCAGUUUAACCAGGCUCCGGAUACCCAGGGUCAGCUCCGGAGGGCUGUGUUCUUCAGRGCUGACACCCAUAGUGGGGAGGCAUCGAGGUACAGCCUGGGACAGCAAAGGGGAGACUGGCCUCAGGGUGUCCUCACUGACCUGCAUCUCCCACCUGCAUGAUUGGCCUUUGCCUAUGAACCUAUCAGAAGCCCCGGAACAGAACCUCUACCUCCAUCGCCAUGACAAUACGGUUUAAGGCCAGGGGAUGGGGGACUUGUGAGAGUUCCCUGAGGUGGGAAGCCAGGGGCCAUCUGAGGCCUGUCUGGGCCUUAGUCAUGUGUGCUUCCCUUCCUGGAGGGGGAGACUUCUUACUAGGUAAGAACCUGAUGGGUUUUAUCUUUCCUUAUUUCCUAACCCAGGAAGCUGUGCCAACACAGGAAGCCUUGCCUCAGGUGGGGGCAGGCCCGCACAGCCCCAGGGCCACUUCUCUUGCCCUGAUACAGGCUGUCCAAGGACUGCCAAGCCCGAACUCAUGAGUGAGCCUUUUCUGUGGCCUGCAUGUGCAGCCCAGGGCCCUGACUUCCUGGGGCUUGUGCAUGAACAAUUCUAACUUAGGGGCUGGGUGUGUUUACAAGAUAUAAGAGGGGAGACCUGUCCCCAGUCCCACAGAGUCAACACACUAGGCAACCUCAGGGCCUAAUGUCUACCACUGCCACCAUGAGCAGAUGACCUUGGCCAGUGGGCCUCUCAAUGCCUCUUGUCUGGAGACCAAGAAUGUAACACCUACCUCACAGGCUUGUUGUGAGGACAGUCUGCCAAGCACCAGUGGUUGUUGGUGAGUAGUUCCCUUCAUCCUCCUGGAAAGGGGACUUUGUACUCUGAGGCUGCUUGUGAGAAGCCUCCUCGGCUUCCCAGCCUCCCUAGGGGUAGUACUGAGCUCCUGUCCUGCCCACUGUGUGUAUGUGGGGGGGGGAGGGGGCUGGUCAACUACUUGCCCCUCUGAGCCUCUCCCCUUUAAUAAAAUGACUUC